AUGGCCAGUCCUGCUGAAGCAGCACAAGGGCCGAUCCUCAUCGGCAUAUUCAUCAAUCUCAUCCUCUAUGGUAUUCGAUGUGCACAAGCGUUCAUCUACUGGAGCACCUUCAAGAAGGACCGGAUUUCUAUGCAGCUUUUUGUUGGGCUACUCCUCAUCGCGGAUACAGUCAAAGUGGUCUUUGACAUGAUAUACAUAUACGACGGCCUCGUCGUUCACUUCGGUGACGAUAGUUACAUAGCUGUGGCAAACUGGCUAUUUAACACGGAUCCCGCACUGAACGGCAUCAUCGGUGCCAUUGUUCAAGCGUUCUUCGCGUGGCGGGUCAGGCAACUCACACGUAACAACUGGGCAUUUGGUGCCAUCGUUUUCUUCCUCAUGAUGGAAGGAUUGUGCGGUAUCGGAACGGCGAUCGCCUGUCAGAUUAUCCCUGAGUUCCAGAACUUCCAGAGGUUUGAAGUUAUCGUCAUUCUCUGGCUGGCUAGUGCCGCCCUAUGCGACUGCAUUGUUACUGCUUCUUUAGUGUACCAUCUGCAAACUCAAAGACAGGGCUUCAGUAACUCGGACUCGGUCAUCGACAAGAUCAUUGCCCUCACGGUACAGACUGGUAUGAUAACGGCAGUCUGGGCCACAAUAGAUUUGGUUCUCUUCCUUACGAAUAGGAAUGGAUACCACUUGAUCUUCAACUACAACCUGUGCAACCUCUACUCGAACUGCCUCAUGUCUACACUCAACGCUCGCACAUACUUCCGGGAGGCAGUCGAAAGCGGAAGACCGUCUAUGAGUGGUCAUACUAGGAACAAGUCCUCGAUUCUGGUAGAGGUCGAAUCCCAGCGCAUGGUUGAGACCGCGAAAGUGCCCAGACUGGACAAUGACAUAGGAAUGGACACUGCGACCAGCGACAAAGCCUCAAGCUGGGUUGAGCAACCGUCGCCCAUCAGUCCUACCGAGCGUGUUCUUAAAGAGCACUGGGCGGGGAGGCGAACUUCCUUUAUAGAGCCAUAA